GGGUUCCAGGCGGGCGGCAGCUGCAGGCCGACCGCCUGGCUCGUCGGGAUGGACUGGCUGUGCAACCUGCUGUUUCUUCUCACCAUCUCCAUUUUCCUGGGGCUGGGCCAGCCCAGGAACCCCAAAAGCAAGAGGAAGGGGCAAGGGCGGCCAGGGCCCCUGGCCCCUGGGCCUCAUCAGGUGCCACUGGACCUGGUAUCACGGGCAAAGCCAUACGCCCGCAUGGAGGAAUACGAGAGAAACCUUGGGGAGAUGGUGGCCCAGCUGAGGAACAGCUCUGAGCCAGUGAGGAGGAAGUGUGAGGUCAACCUGCAGCUGUGGCUGUCCAACAAGAGAAGCCUGUCACCAUGGGGCUACAGCAUCAACCACGACCCCAGCCGUGUCCCUGAGGACCUGCCAGAGGCGCGGUGCCUGUGUCUGGGCUGCGUGAACCCCUUCACCAUGCAGGAGGACCGCAGCAUGGUGAGCGUGCCUGUGUUCAGCCAGGUGCCCGUGCGCCGCCGCCUCUGCCCGCUGCCCCCGCGCGCCGGGCCCUGCCGCCAGCGCGCGGUCAUGGAGACCAUCGCCGUGGGCUGCACCUGCAUCUUCUGAAGCCCCCCCCCAGGCCCAGAGCCCGCGGGCAGCCGGAGGCCGCCCUCCCUGCACCCCUCUGCCGCACAAGGCCGAUGAAAAGUAA